AUGGCUCAGAUCCAAGGGCUCAACGCCCAUGACCGUCCGCCGGAGGUCGUUCGGCAGAGAUACAAACAGUACCAGAAGAUCCCGCUGGCUAAGAUUGAUGGCGAUGCGGGAAUUAUUGAUCUCUGUGGCCUGGAUCCGGACAAGCCCGCAGACGAAGUGUCGAUUACGGGCUGGAUGUCUAGCACCGAGCUGCGGGGGGCAUUCGAUCGAUUUGUCAAAGGAGAGGAGACCUUGCAUGAUGGUGGCCGUCUGGUUGAAAAUAUCCCAGUGUUUGCCCACAAGCGCGUGUCUGGAUUGCGGAUGAUUCCCGCUCUCUUUCCACCCACGGUGCAGACAGAGCUGUUGUCACGGCUACUCCAUCGAGACUUGUCGAAUAAGGACCAUCUGACGAAUGUCCAUUUGCAUUACGACGUUACCUAUCCAAAACAAGUGAGUACAACCGCAGAUGCACAGGGCGAUGCUGCUGCUUCUCCCUGUGUUCAAAGCCCAAUAAGCAACAAGGUGCGGUCAUUCUUCGAGGACGAUCUUCUUCGUAUGAUAAACCCCAAAGAGCCGGCCGUGCACAAGCCCAUAACUGUCCAGGAGAUGUUGAACAAGAAACUCCGGUGGAUGACCUUGGGUGGACAGUAUGACUGGACGUCCAAGGUGUAUCCGGAGGGACAGCCGCCGCUGUUCCCCCAAGAUACUGCAAAGCUGCUGCGUUCUGUCUUUCCGGAGACCGAUGCGCAAGCAGCGAUCGUCAAUGUCUAUUCUGCAGGGGAUACGCUCAGUGUCCAUCGAGACGUCAGUGAAGAAUGCGAUGUCGGGUUGAUCAGCGUGAGUUUUGGUUGUGAUUGCCUAUUCCUGAUCAGCCAUGAUGAUGGAAACGGCUGCGAAAUCAUACGGCUUCGUUCGGGCGAUGCGGUCUAUAUGGACGGCGCAUCGAGGUUCGCUUGGCAUGGUGUUCCUAAGAUUAUUCCUUCAACCUGUCCGAGCUGGCUCGCCCACUGGCCUGAGGAUAAGGACGAGCUGUCAGGCAAGCUACAGUUCGAGCCUUGGAGGGGGUGGAUGGCCGAGAAGAGGAUUAAUCUUAAUGUGCGCCAGAUGACAAGUGAGAAGAUCGGCUUGACUGGAGACUGA